GCCUUCCCAAAAUAAGAAGAGGCAGGUACAGCCAAUGCUGGGUACAAGGAGAUCAUUUUAUGAAGAGCUUUGGACAGUGCAUGAACCAGUGCCAUGCUUGUGAGCUACAGUCAUGCACUUUCUUGAUUUCUAAGGAUUCCUAAAGGAAGGCCUUGAACAAUCCCCCCCCCCCCAAGUUCUCCAACUUUCAGGGUAAAAAUGCCAGUCCAGUCCCUUUCAGAGUUUGAUUGCCCAGAUGGAGUGGGCAGUGCCAUUGGUUCUCAGAUGGAGAGUCCUGAUUCUUCCCUGACCUUAAAACGAACAAACACCAUUUCGCACAAGAACCUGCAUGAAACCUUUUUAAUGCAGGCAGAGGGAGACCUGGCAUUUGACUGCAUGUUUUGCGACCAGACCUACAAGCAUCACGAGGAUCUAGGAAAACAUGUAUUGGUCCAACAUAGGCCAACCCUCUGUGAACCAGAAGUCCUCCGUGUUGAGGCGGAGUACCUUGGUCCUCUGGAUAAGCGCCGAAAAGCUUCUGUGCCUCUGGUGAAAGAAGAGGUAAAAGAAGAGAUGAAAGAGAAGGAGGAGUUUGACUGUGAGGUUUGUGGUCAGACUUUUGAGCUUUCUGCUGUCUUGGGUGCCCACCAGAAGAAGCACAAAGAUUCCUUCACCUACUGCUGUACUAUCUGUGGGAGAAGAUUUAAAGAGCCCUGGUUCUUAAAAAAUCAUAAGAGAACCCAUACAACCAGAUCAGGGGCCAAAAACAAACCGCCUCUUUCUGAUGAAGAGAUACUGGCGACAAUAAAUGAUGUUGUUCAAGAUCAGAAGCCCAAAAGCGCAACAUCUCCCUAUAAAUUGUGCAUGAUAUGUGGGUUCUUCUUCCCUGAUAAAUGCACCCUCAUGGAACAUAGUAAGAUGCAUUCCAAGGAUUCUGGUUUAUCGGGGGAUAUUACAAAUCAUUCUGUCUCGCCCAAGGAGAACACCAGAUCAUCAGAGAAUUGCGAUAUAGAUGCUGCAGUCACCCCAAAGCAUGACUUCAUGAGUUUUAUAAACCUCAAUCCAACAGCUCACUCCACAAAGAAGGUUCUAGAUGUCGGCAAAUCCAUUGGAGAAUUAGAUCCGUUCAUCACAUAUCAGUCGUGGCAGUUGGCAACUAAAGGCAAAGUUGCCCUGUCUCUCGGCAGAGAGAAGGAACCUUUACUGGAAUUUAAAGCCGGUGCUGAUAAGCAUGGCAAUGUGAAGGGCAAUGCAGAUGCUACUCUACCUCAUAACCACGAUAAACCAGGGAACUGUGUUAAAGUGCCUUUGUUUGGGGGGAAGGAGGAGAAAUUGGCCACCAAGGACAAGCCAACUCUCUGUAGUUGUUGUGGAAAAAUCUUUAAAACCUACCAUGCCUUAGUUUUGCAUUCACGGGUGCAUCGAAAUAGUAGGAGUGAUUCGGAGUCUUCCAAUAUAAGUGGAGGAGAGGGGGCCUUGUUGGUUUGUGCAGCCAACGAGGUCUCUCAUGACCAAGCAGUCAGUGAUCCCAAUCCUGACCCUGUAGCCAGUCGGGUCACUCUACAAGAAGAUUCUGAUGAAGAUAUGGAGGAUACUAUGCAGACUGACAAACCUGAAGACGGUGAAGUCAGACUAAAAGCCAAAGGACUCCCUACCUCUAAAGAGUGCAGAUUCUGUGGAAAAACUUUUCGUUCCAAUUAUUACCUCAAUAUUCAUCUAAGGACCCACACAGGGGAAAAGCCCUACAGAUGUGAAUUUUGCGACUAUGCAGCUGCUCAGAAGACCUCUCUACGGUACCAUUUGGAAAGGCACCACAAAUUUAAGCCUGGAGACUCUAAUGCUCAUGUGAAAAGCAUUGGAAAAAACUCUCCCACUCCUCAGGGCACUGGCGAUCCUAUGCCAGUAGAUAAUCACGUCGGCAAUGAAGCCAGACCGAAGCAAACUAUUUCUAACCCUACCAAAAAGGACUUUGUAAAGGCAAAGGAUCAAGGAAAGUCCAGACAACCCUCUGAAAAUUCAGAAGGUAGGGAAGAAAUUAUCCCAAACAGAGAGAGAACCUCUACCCCUACCCAAGUGUUUAGCAAAGAGUUGCCAGUUCCACGUAGUGACCAACAAGUACCAAGUCCAGCUGACUGGAUUAUGGAGGAGAACGAUAGUUUGAGCCUUUGUGAGAAAGACCAUUUACUUCACAACUCACUUUCUAUAAAAGAGGAAGCACAGGACAAUUCACUUCCAAUGAAAGAGGAUGUAAAGCCAUUAAACCUUUGCCUAAAGCCUUCAAAUUCUUCGACGCCUUCAACAAACAGUGCCUUGUCCGUAAGCACCUGCCCCUACUGUAGCUACAAAUCCUUAUACCCUGAAGUAUUGAUAUUGCACCAGAAGCUGACCCACAAAAGCAAUUCUGAAGCCGUUCCAAAAAAUAUUCGGCCUAAAACUGCUGCUCAGAUGGCGGCUAUGAGAAGGACUGGUUGCCCUUUGGUGCUUCGUGGAGUGGAUGUUCCUCCCUUAACAUAUGGGAAAAAAUGCAAAACUCCACCAUCAGUGCAGCCCAAGAUUAACCCUGAGAGGCCUAAACAGCUUUCAUUUCUGCCAAACAAAGCUGCUGCAGGAUCAGAGAGCCCAGAACAAGGUCCAAAUAAACUGCACGUAAGACCAACUCAUGCUCCACCAUUGGUUAACCACAGUUACAUGCAGCCGGAUCUGCAAGGAAUUAGUCAUUUGCUUGAGCGUAUGCAGCAAAGUGAACAAAAUGUAACCGCUCGGGAUAUUACUUACCCUGGCAGAAACAGUUCUUCUGUACCUUCUUGGUCCGGGGAGUAUCCCUUCUCUAGAAUGCUAAACAGUACCCAACUAGAAAGUGGAGAGCCCUACUCAAAGAGGCUUAAGCACAAUACACCUAGUGCUGACUCUACCGUGUACCCAACAAAGACAGAUGUGGUCCUAAACACUCCGUACUCAAAACUUGCUAGCUUCCUUCUCCAGGAAAAAUCCUUGUUAAAUUCUGGAGCCCCUUUGUUGCCUCAUAGUGCGAGUAGUUCACAUGCUGUCGAAUCACGUUGGAGACCAAUCAUUCCUGCUCCUCCAACUGCUGGGCCAACCUACAGAGCACUGGAUCCUUCCUUUAGUCGCGAGCCUUCCUCCAUUACAGAAGCCAAAAGAGCACCUAUAAACCGGCAUGUAUCAAAGCGUGUGUUUGGACCAAAUGAAAAAGCCUAGAUUUCCCAGUUUAAUAAUGAUCCUCGUGUUUAUGGGGACUUUCCAUUGAAUUCCUUUCUGAAAUCUACUGAAAAUGAAGCGGAUUACUUCUACAAAUAACACUAAAAGUUUUUUUUCUUUCCCUCAAAUGUUUGUUUGCAGAUAUACUGUAUUAUAAAAGCCAUAGAUUGUUUUGUGUAUAUUUAUAAAUAUCUAUUUUUGAAUUUUGUUUUUCCUAAGAGACCAAAUAAAAGGGGAGACGCUGUACUAUUGUAUUGUUCCAA